UAUACGCUGUGUUUUGCUGCGAGAGCGAGAAGCACCGAGCAACCAUGAAGAUGACAGAGGAAAACAGUGCUGGAAAUUCUGAAAUAACAAUGGAGGAUGUCAGAAAUCUCGUUAAGAAAAAAGACGAGAUUGAAGAGCAGAUUAAAGCUUAUUACGAUGUCCUGGAAGACCAAGGUGUUGGAGUUGAAGGCCCCCUGGUUGAUGAAGAGGGCUACCCUCGAGCAGAUGUGAACUUAUACCAGAUCAGGACAGCAAGACACAAUAUUUCGUGCCUUCAGAAUGAUCACAAGGCCAUAAUGGCAGAAAUAGAAGAAGCUCUUCACAAGCUUCAUGCUCGAGAAAAGGCAAAGCGAGAGCAGGAUGAGGCAGAAGCCCAGGAAGAGGCGAUGGAGCAGCAGGUCACCCUUCCUGCUCCUUUUGCUCGAGUGGAUGCUGUGACUCAGGGCUCUCCUGCUUGUGGAGCUGGACUCAGAGUUGGUGAUGAAGUCAUCGAGUUUGGGUCUGUAAACACAGGGAACUUCCAGAGCCUUCAGAACAUUGCAUCUGUGGUUCAACACAGUGAAGGGAAACCAUUACGUGUCACCGUUAUCCGGGAUGGCCAGAAGGCUCAGAUGAGUCUGACUCCAAAGAGAUGGUCAGGCCGAGGUCUGCUGGGAUGCAACAUCGUUCCAAUCCACCGAUGAUCAAAUCCUGUUCUUCAGUGGCUUUACCUAUGAAACCAGGCACAGUUUCAAACAGACUUUGUACAUACUGCUCAUAUUUUCCUUUAAUUGAAAAACCUCUCUUUGAUAUUCUAGAUAAAAAUUGCAUCCAGAUUUCAGGUAAAAGUUUUGAUUGAACGUGUGACUGUUGGAGUGAAGUUUUGAUGCUUCUGGAGAAUUUGUUCACAUUAAUUUUAUUUUAUUAAUUACUGUGUUUUAUGCAGGAGUUAUUUUGUUGUAAUAAUACCAUUAAUGAUUAAUAGGGAUUAUCCAAGAAAGUAGGGCUACAUAGUACCAUCUAUGUAAUCUGAAAUGUUUGAAUAUUUUGCUGUAGAAUAAAAUGAUGCACUUAAAUGAAAAGCAAUGACUGGAUUGAAAUUUUACUUAGUUUAUACAAUGCCUUAAGAGGGAUUUACAUUUGCUUUGGGCAUUUAGAUACCAAGUGGUGGUCUUUAAUGCUUUGUGUGGAUGCACCUCAAUGCAUAAUGAAAACAGUUUGAUAUCCAUUGGCUCAGACUGCAAACAGAGGUUGUCUGGGACUCAUUCAUCUGGACUGAAUAAGUGAGUAGAGAUAACGUGUCCUGGAAUGUUUUAAAGCCCAUCCCGUCAACUGAUGUGAUCGGUGGUAUUCUUCAAGUAAAAGAAAGCAGGGCUUUUUUUCUUGUCUGUCUAGCCUUGCUUAGAGUUAUGGGAAGGGUGGCCCUUUUGGAGAUUGGAAUGAUUUGUCUCACCUCAGUA